AUUUGGCAACCGGAGUUAAAUGUAGGAGUAGAGCUGAGUUAAACGGGCUGAUUUUAACUCCACUAAAAUAGAGUUAUUGCUGGCUCUGCAACCUGAAAACAGUCAUUUUAUUGCAGUGACAUGGAGCACAGACAGCAAGUCUCAGGACUCAUGGGAAAAGAGCCAGCUGAGGAAGUAGAGGAGGUCAUGGAUUCACAUGUGGACCUGAACAAUGUCAUAACAGAAGAAGAGAGACAGGAAAUGCACAAUGAGCUGACAAAGCUGGAGGAAGAAAUUGCCACACUGAAACAAGUUCUGGCCUCUAAAGAGAAGCAUCAUGCUGAGCUGAAGCACAGGCUGGGCAUGACAACGUUAAGUGAACUGAAAGAGAACUUAAGCAGGAGCUGGAAUGAUGUUCAGUCAAGCACAGCAUAUAAAAAGACCUCAGAGACCCUGAACACAGCAGGCCAGAAGACCACAGCAGCUUUUAGCAACCUGGGAACUGCCAUCAGCAGAAAGUUUGGAGAUAUGAGCAUGUUUGGCCUUGACUUACUCAGUGGCAGGAGGCUCAAUUCAAUAGGCUACUCGGUCAGCUUACCCACCAUGAGGAACUCACAGAGCUUUAAGUCCUUUGAGGAGAAGGUUGAAACUACAGUUUCGAACAUUAAGUCAAAGGUUGGCGGGAGUGCUAGUGGAGGAAAUUUCGAGGAUGUGCUCUCAUCAGCAGCUAAGGCCAGUGCUCAAAACAACAUUCCUUCAGCCUCUGCUAACAACCUGAGUGAAAACAAGGAGUGCUAAUAAGGCCGGACAUAAAUUUGUUAAGAAAUCUACAGCCUGCUACAAGACUGGAGAUGGAGCUCUGGCACCCCUCUGUGGUCAGGAGGAUACACUGCCUCCAUAGGAAAGACUUCCUGAAGUCCAGACUGAAGAAACCAAACAUUGCCAAACAUUUCACUUUGGCUGUUUUUUUUUUUCUUUUCUAACAUCCCCAAAACAGUUCACCUUAGGAUAAACUACAAUGAUUAAUGGUCAGGUGAGGCUUGUUCGAAAUCCAUAUGGAAUGACCAAAAUGUACCCAUAAGGUUUUGCAAUAAAAUGCAUUUUCCUUGUUGAAGCCUUAAACAAAUGCUGGUCAAAACUGAUAAGCAUCAAACCAGGCAAUAUUACUAAAAUAUAAUAUUUGUUGUUAAGGCUUGAAGUGAGCCUCCAGUGUUUCAAUUUGUUUAGUUUUAAAAAUUUCUUAGUUUUUGUAUAAGCUCAUACUGUACAUUUGGCUUCUAGCUCAAUGCCUUAAGGUAGAAAAUUAUUAUUAUUUUCACCAUCCCAAACAAAGUAUGAUUUCAGUAUGUUUUGUGCUUAUUUUUAGACUUUAUUUUUAAAAAGUACUCUAAUUCUGGUUUAGAGUUAUUAGUGUGACAGAUGUUUUGUCAAAGUGGCACUAAAACCAACCUAAUACAAAAAAGCAGAAUUCAGAAGAAAUCUAUAAAAUCUAUUAACUAUUAAAACAAUAUCCUGAUACCUCAAGAAAUAAAAUAAACCCACAGCAUCCAAACACACCCGGCAAACGAAUUACAUUACAAGUGAUUUCAGAUCAUGAGGUCAUGAUUUGUUUCAAGACCUUUAUUUAAAUCCCUGUUGAGUAUUUUUGUUAAUAUUGUUAUAUAAAAUAAAAUAUAAAAAGGCUGUGUCUGGGGAGGAAAACAUUAUUGUAAGAAAACAAAUGUUGGGACACAUGGCCAGGUCAUCAACUUUCCCAUCUACCGGUCCGCUUGUUUUUUUCUUGUGUGUGUGUAUGUUGGACGUAGCUGUUUUAAAUUUUUUUACUCUAUAUAUGAAAUAAAUUCCUAAGGUGGACUAGAAACAGUACCAGGUAACUUUCACCUGGAGAAAUUCUCUGCUGCUCCUCUGUGAUUGUUUCUUCAGUGCAUAAAAAUAAAAUAAAAUAUUCUUAUUAUGCAUUCUACAUCAAA